CCCCCCAGCGUCGUCGUCUAGGAGACGCUGCGGUAGCGGGGCUGGGCCGUUGGGAUGCGCCGGGAGAGAGCGGGGGCGGCCCGGGCGGCGUCGCCCGCAGCGGUCUGGAGCGCGGCAGAUGCUUGUAAGAAUGGCUGCACUAUUCCGUACCUUGCUGCUGAAUCCUAAGCUGGCUAUAAACCCGAGGAAGACAACUGAGUGUCUUAUGCCAGUGGGUGGUUUCUCAUCAUUGAAUAACUACAGCAUUGUGGAAAAAAACAUACAAUCGUUUUAAAACAUAUAAGGAGUAUAGAAGUUCUUUAUAAAAAGAGGUAAAAUUAAAAGUUUUCAAGGCUUCCAACUAUCCUGGUCUUACAAAAUGAAACGGUACACAACUUUGAAACAACUUGGUGAUGGUACCUAUGGCAGUGUACUGAUGGGGAAGAGCAAUGAGUCAGGCGAGCUUGUGGCUAUCAAAAGAAUGAAAAGGAAAUUCUAUUCUUGGGAUGAGUGUAUGAAUCUGAGAGAAGUCAAGUCUUUGAAGAAACUGAAUCAUGCCAAUGUAAUAAAACUGAAAGAAGUUAUCCGAGAAAAUGACUACCUUUAUUUUGUGUUUGAAUACAUGAAGGAAAAUCUGUAUCAGUUAAUGAAAGACAGGAACAAGUUGUUCCCUGAGCCAGUCAUCAGAAACAUUAUGUAUCAGAUAUUACAAGGGCUAGCUUUUAUACAUAAGCACGGUUUUUUCCAUCGGGAUAUGAAGCCUGAAAACCUUCUGUGUAUGGGGCCAGACCUUGUGAAAAUUGCUGAUUUUGGUUUGGCUAGAGAACUUAGGUCUCAACCACCAUACACAGACUAUGUUUCUACAAGGUGGUAUCGAGCACCUGAAGUCUUGCUGAGAUCUUCUGUUUAUAGUUCUCCUAUUGAUAUAUGGGCAGUUGGCAGCAUCAUGGCUGAACUGUACACACUAAGACCUCUCUUCCCAGGCACAAGUGAAGUAGAUGAAAUAUUCAAAAUUUGCCAAGUGUUAGGGCCCCCAAAGAAGAGUGACUGGCCAGAAGGAUACCAGCUUGCAUCUACCAUGAAUUUCCGCUUCCCACAGUGUGUCCCUGUACAUCUAAAAACUCUCAUUCCAAACGCUAGCAAUGAGGCAUUGAAGCUUAUGAGUGAUAUGCUGAACUGGGAUCCAAAGAAACGACCAACAGCAAGUCAGGCAUUGAGGUAUCCUUAUUUUCAAGUUGGCCAAGUUUUAGGACCCCCUGCACAAUAUUUGGAACAGAAACAGUGUCCUGCUAAACCACUUCAGUCAACUGAGCCAAAGCCAAUUCCACCCAAAUUAGAACCUGUAUCAAAACUAGAUUCUGUAUCCAAGCCAGAAUCUCUGCCUUCACCUGAUGCAUCUGACAGUGCUCAGCCACAGCCUCUGUCAAAGAUUAAUCAGCAGCCUCUCCAGCAAAUUCAGCUACAACAGAAUACAACCAACCAACAGCUCUCCAAACAGCUGCAGCCCCUACAGCCACAGCCAUUUCUUCCAAACAUCAACAAAUGCUCGUCACCAAACCAAGGAGCCAGUGGCCCUCAAAACAGUGCAGUGGGUCUUAAAAAUUGUAGGAGAAGAUGGGGGCAAACUUUGUUAAAGACUACAGACAGUUGGGAGGACUUGGAUGAUUCAGAAUUUGAAAUUUCAUAUUCCAAGAAGCCCAGCAUUGCACUCUUAAAGGAAAAGAAAACAAAGGAUUCUCUCUUUAUUGUGCCAGAGCCAAAGGCCUCAUGUUGUAUCCAGUCAGGAGGGGAAAACAAGGUUCUGAUGAGAAAUGAUUCUGGAAUAUCUAAUACAUCAGCAAAACAAUACUACCUGAGACAAGCAAGGUAUUUUCCUGGUGUAAACCCUAAGAACAUCUCCUUAGUAUCCACCAAUAAAGAAGGAUCUCAUGGAACCUGGAACAAUCCAUUACUUUCCAAACCACUAGGAUCUAUUGGAGGGGGUGUGUCUUUCAGCAGAAAUAAUGCAGGUGCUCCUUACAGUCCCUCUGGAGGAUAUAUCCCUUCCUUUCAGGAAAAAGAAGUUGGAUCAGCAGGACAAAGGAUACAGCUAGCCCCUCUGGGUGCAUCAACAUCAGAUUAUUCUUGGAAAACAAAAGCUGCCCGUGCUCAAUUAUCAGGACCUACUUACACUCCAGCAGCAAAACACAUGAGCAUCUUAACCCGCCCUCCCCCAGUUCAGCCAGUGCAUGGCAGAACAGACUGGACAGCUAAGUACGGUGGACAUCGAUAGAAGCAUUAUCUCAGAGUGCCGUUGCUGUGCUCGUGGCUUUCUGUCUUUCCACCCUGGGAUGCUAGGAAUGCUCCUCUGCCCUUUACUGUCUGAAGACUAUGCAAAAAUAGAACAAAAAAAGACUUAUGAGCUGUAGAAAAUGUAAUAUGUUUUAUAUAGAAAUAUUGUUUAACACAUCGGCUAUUAAGGUAGGAUUUUAUAAAAUAUUGUAUAAAGCAUCUUGCCAAAACUGCUGAGUAUUUAAAACAAUUAAUAAAAGGUAUGUUUCACUAGGGUGGGGCAGGGAGGAGAACCCUUUCUAUAGACCUAUUGCUAUCCUGCAUAUUCCUAAAAGAACUUGACUAUAGAGUAAUUUCUUCUGGGAGUAAUCCUGCAUGGGUGAUCUGUGCUUUCAUGUAGGUAAGCAGCAAGUGAUAAGCUGAGAUGUAGCAGCACUAGGCUACCAAUGUUGCUUUCUUGCGCAGUUUCAGUGCUCAAGGCAAACAGGCACUAUUCAGAGCAGAAGCCAAUGCUAUACUGCUAGUUCAACAACAGUUCCUAGAAUCAAGCUGUACGUGUUUAGUGAUUAUUUAAGGUUGGACUGUGCAAACCUGUUUGAACACUUACUCCUACAAAUAUAGCCAUUGCUGGGACCACUUCUACAAACAUAAGAAAAGGCUGCAUAUUCUAGACUAAAACAGUGAAGUGUAGUAAUGGCAGUUCUGCAAAAUGGCUUACCAAGUACUGAUCAUUAGUCAUAGGGCCAAGUAUAGUAAUAUUUGAUAGAUUCUGUUCUCCUAUAAUCUAUGUCCACAGUGAACCUAGUCUGCCCUGGGGAACUCACAGUGACAUUACUGGGAGUCAACGUCACUGCAACAUGGUACAUUGGCAAAAGGCUUAGCUAUCUCCCAUUAGCUGUAUGAUUACAGUUUUUGUGAUUACCAAGAAGAGGUAGUUGAACUACAGAAAUCCCCACUGCAUACAAAAAUCCAUUAAAAAAACAAAAACCUGUAAAACCCAGGAAACAGGCAAAAGAAAAGCAAUAUAAACACACUUUUGGAGUGUAGAUAAGGAACCACCUUCUGGUCUUUAACAUGAACACAGACUCCAUUGAUGCCAAUACAGGUUACAUAAUAUCCCAGCAUCUAUUAACUGUACUUUAAUAUGCUUUGUUCCUCCUUUAUGUUUUAAUAAAUUGAAGCACCUCACCCCUUCCAAUGAAUUUUCUCAGAAUUCCAGUCUGGGAAACUUGCUGUUAAAACCUGCAGUUAGAGCAGACAUUGUAGACUUGAUAGCUACAUUAAACUUGCCAAUUUAAAAGUACACGGUGACUAUGUACUAUAUCUUAUUUAGAGGUAUAAAGCUCUUAGAUGGAUCCGUGUGUUUUAAAAGGCAGGGUGGGAAUAUUUGGUACGAUUUGUUUUUGUGUAAGAUAUUUAAAUUUGUGUUGCAGACAUAUUCUACCAGAAUCCAGUAGCUAUGCAAUUUAAAGGAGCUUGAUUUUACCAAGAAUCAAGUAUUUUGGCAAGGUCAUAAGGUCUAUAUUGAAUGCAACUCUUCAUGUAACAAUGUUAUAUAGAUUUUAAUUAAGCCCCAUUUAUUAAGUAACUUUUCUAUUUUUUGUUCUCCACGGUACCUUCCUUCUAUUAUUUAAAAGCAGGGGUUUUUAGGGUAGCAGUAGUGACUUAGAGGACAGAGACUCAGACUUUACAAAACAGGUUCAUUCAUGACUGCAAUGUGAAUUGAAAGGCACUGACUUCAUAAUAAAAGAUCACUUCUCAGGACAAUAAGAUGCUGCUGAUUUAACGGUCUUUUCCUCUGGUCAAAGAACUAUUUAAUGGUAAAUAGCGUGUGUACUGUAUAACUCACUAGGAAGUCACUUGGGAAAGAAAUUCCAGAAAACUAAAAUAGCUGUUGUGUUGUAAACAUGAAUAUAUGCCAUCUGUUACUCUAUUUAGAGUAAAGACAUGUAUCCAGCCAGAGCUGACCUCUGAUCACUUAUAACCCAAACAUAACCAUCUGUUUUUGCAGUGCUUACAGGCCUGAUGCAGCGUAUUUAGUCAGAAGAGGUUAAAAUACACUGUUAUCUAGUUCAUUAGAUUUUUUUUUAAUAUUUACUGAAUUUAAAAACUCUAAAAGUAGCUCUCAGUAGUUUAAAAACAAUCUGAAGAAUUUGGAAAAAGCGCAACAUUUCUUCCACUUGCUUUGGGUAGCUGCUGCUUCUCCAGGACACAAGAGGUCACUACAGAAGUUAGUAAAACUCACAGAGAUAAAAUAUAUUUUCCCCUUCUGUGGGACAACUGGGAUGUUUAAUACAAAUAACAUUUAACAAUAAUCUUUGGACCAAAUUUCAGAAGGCAGGUCAGAAUAAGUCCCAUCUGACUGAGGUCUUGUUUUCCCUGGAUUCUAAUUACACACAACUGUAGUUAAUGGCUCAUUAAGGAGUUAGAGAUAGAUGCUUUACUAUCUGAAAACUGCCUUACCUCACCAGUCUGUUUUUUUGCAGACACAUAUGUGUCUUUGUAUUUUAAUUCCACAGCAGUAAUGUAAAGAGGCAGGGCAUCUGCCUAGGAUAUUUAGUUUUGUUAACCCUUUAGGGGUAGAUCCACUGAAAAACCUAGGUGCCUCCAGCACCCUGCUGGCCCCUGAAGUGGAAUCCAGAACCUAGAGCACCCUGUACAGUGCUUGGGGAGUCCAGCAUCUCAGAAAGGCAAUCCAAAAAACCCCACAAACCUAGAGCUAGCCAAUAGGAAGCACUGAAUACAAUUGUCUCUCUGAAAUCCCUACUCCCUCAAAGAUUUAUAGGCUAGUAGAGACAGCAAGAGGGAGCAUGACACUACAGCAGUCUAGUUAAGGUACUCAGCUGGGAAGCACUUAGGGUGUCCUGUGCUGUGGUCCAUGUUCCCUGGACUGUUUCUGUUUUUUUAAUCCAGUGACUGUUUAAUGUAAAAAGCACAAAUGGACCUGGGAGCAGGGACAACAGCCCACAAUUUCCACCCCCUUUGUCAAGUACUCAAACCAACAGGUUAAGUAAUUCCUAUGUAUCCUUAGUAUUCAGAAGAAUGGAUGCUGUACCCCAUACUACAAAGCCAGUUGCUUACGUCUGGGCAGUGCUGGGUAUGUGUGAAAUAAGGGACUACAGCACUUUCAGGUCAUGGGGAGAUGCCUGCCAAGUUUAGGUGCCUCAGGGUUAGGCAGACAGUAAAUAGGCUUGUUGCUUUUAAAUCACAAUUAUGGACUUAAAACCCCUCAUAUCUACUACCUCCUGUUGAAAAUAUCCAAGUCCUUUUUUAGAUCUCACCUCCAGUCCUUAAGCAGAGCUAUGUACAAAAACUAUACUUGCCUUACCCCCCCAACAUGUUGCUCAUUCAAAUAAUCUCAAACACACAUUUUUCUUUGAAAAUUGUCAAGCUUUAAUGCAGUGUGUCCCAGGAACAAUGGGGCUAGAGGGAAGCCCCGGCCCAGAGCCAGAGGAAACGCUUGCUUAUGCUCCGCAGGAGGUGAGAGCGGUAGCGGUGUGCAGGCCGGGGAACCACCCGCGUGGCUCGUUAGCCGCGCUUUCAUAGAGUUGGAGCGGAGUGACGUCAGAGAGAGGCGCCGCUUGGCGGAAAUAAAACGCGGCCCCGAAGGCAGAGAGGGCGCACUGUGGGAGGACACGAGGCCCGGAGGGAAGCCUGAGACUGGAACCGGGCACCUGCACGGGGUCUUUGCUGUGGGCUGAAUAGGCUGCAGCAGCGCCGGAGGCUGGGAGAGCUGC